UUCGAAAUAAUCAUGCCUGGAUUCACUUGCUGCGUUCCGGGGUGCUAUAAUAACUCUCACCGGGAUCGCGAACUGCGAUUCUACACGUUCCCGAAGGAUCCCACGCAGCGGGAGAUCUGGCUCAAGAACAUCUCGCGGGCCGGGGUGAGCGGCUGCUUUAGCACUUUUCAGCCCACCACCGGACACCGGGUGUGCAGUGUGCACUUUCCUGGAGGUAGGAAGACCUACACCAUUCGGGUUCCGACCCUAUUCCCACUACGAGGGGUGAAUGAGAGAAGGAGUCGGCGGGGCAGGAGCAGGAAGGUGUCCGCUGCGCUGCCCAUUAUUACCAGUGUGGUGACUACAAGUGGGGAGUCCGCUCCAAUAGGAACGGGAGACACAGACACUGACACAGCCACCGUAGUGCAAAUUGGUCAGAAUGGGCAGUAUAUUACGCCAAUUGACCUUACAGCUCAAGGGGAUGGAUCCUGCCUCACAGUGGUAUCCAACGCCAUGGAGUUGGCGGGCGGUAACGCGACCACGGUUCCCUCUCAGUCCGGGCCGUGUGUCGCGCUGUGCGGUACUGUGGAUCAUUCUUACUCGCUGACCACUGGUACAACUUCUGCUGAGCUGCUAAAGAAACUGAAUGAGCAACGCGACAUCAUCGCACUCAUGGAAGUCAAGAUGAAGGAGAUGAAGAACACAAUUCGUCAGCUUCGCAUCACCGAGGCACGCCUUCAAGAGGAGCUGCGCGAGAGGGAUCGAAUGCUGUCCGCAUCCGCCGUAGUAAGAAAGAAAAUCUGA